CUGAUUUCCCUGCAAACAAGCAGAGAAGAAUUCACUCAGUCCUCGCGUGAGGGAGCUGGUACUUUUCGUUCUAUAGCUCUCGUUUCCUCGGGGAACAGAAUUGCUAGACGCAAUAGUUGUAGUUAUUUAAUAUGUUUCCACUGACUGUGGAAAACAAGCAUGUGGCCCAGUUGUUGCUCAGUACUGGUACCUGUCCAAGAUGUAUCUUCAGAUUCUGUGGUGUGGAUUUUCAUGCACCAUACAAACUUCCCUGCAAGGAGUUGCUCAAUGAACUGCAAAAGUUUCUGGAAACUGAAAAAGAUGAAUUAGUUUCAGAAGUUCCAAACCCACCUCUCAAGAAAAUUCGACUACAAGAACUAGAAGAUGGGAUUGAUGGGAUGGAUAAUCUGAGUCAAAAUGGAGAGGGAAAGAUCUCGAUUAUUGAAGAUGGAAGCAUUGCUUCCAAGAACUCAAAUUUAAAUGUAUGCAAUGUAUGCCUAGGAAUUCUUCAAGAUUUCUGUGAAAAAGAGUUCAUUAAAAAGGUGUGCCAAAAGGUUGAGGCCUCUGGGUUUGAAUUCACCAACUUGGUAUUGUCAAUCUCCUUCCCACCACAGCUAUCUGUAAGAGAGCAUGCUGCAUGGUUGCUGGUAAAACAGGAAAUGGGAAAGCAGAGUCUGUCGCUGGGAAGAAAUGAUAUAGUUCAGCUAAAAGAAGCCUACAAAUGGAUAACUCACCCCCUGUUUUCAGAGGAACUGGGUGUUCCCAUUGAUGGAAAGAGCUUGUUUGAAGUGAGUGUGGUCUUUGCUCACCCAGAAACAGUUGAGGAUUGCCACUUUCUACGUGUGAUAUGCCCAGAUUGUUUCAAGCCAGCCAAAAACAAAAAGUCCGUAUUCACUAGAAUGGCAGUUAUGAAAGCUUUGAAUAAGAUUAAAGAAGAGGAUUUCCGCAAGCAGUUUCCUUGUCCUCCAAACUCACCAAAGGCUGUAUGCAGUGUUGUUGAAAUUGAAUGUGCUCAUGGUGCUGUUUUUGUGGCUGGGAGAUAUAAUAAAUACUCCAGGAAUCUACCACAAACUCCUUGGAUAAUUGAUGGAGAAAGGAAGCUGGACUCUUCAGUGGAAGAAUUAAUUUCAGACCAUCUUUUGACAGUGUUCAAAGCAGAGAGCUUUAAUUUUUCAUCCUCUGGGAGAGAAGAUGUAGAUGUGAGAACAUUAGGAAAUGGAAGGCCCUUUGCAAUUGAGCUGGUGAAUCCUCAUAGAGUACAUUUCACUUCACAAGAAAUUAAGGAACUUCAGCAGAAAAUUAAUAACUCGUCUAACAAAAUCCAAGUCCGUGACUUGCAGCUUGUCACAAGAGAGGCAAUAGGUCAUAUGAAAGAAGGUGAAGAAGAAAAGACCAAGACCUAUAGUGCCUUAAUAUGGACAAAUAAAGCAAUACAGAGGAAGGACAUUGAAUUCCUAGAUGACAUAAAGGACUUAAAGAUUGACCAGAAAACACCUUUACGGGUCCUUCACCGGAGGCCCCUGGCUGUGAGAACUCGCAUCGUUCACUCCAUGGAGACGCACUAUGUGGAUGAGCACCAUUUCCGCCUCUAUCUGAAGACUCAGGCAGGAACCUACAUUAAAGAGUUUGUACAUGGAGACUUUGGAAGAACGAAGCCGAACAUUUGCUCUCUGAUGGAUGUGACUGCAGACAUUCUUGAGCUGGAUGUUGAGUCUGUAGAUGUUGAUUGGCCCCCUGCUCUGGAUGACUAGCUUUCAAUGGGACACAAAGAGUAGGGUUUUCCGGCAAAAUGUGGACGUCCAUUCAGCAUACACUGUAAAAUGGCUGUUUUUACCCACCAUAACGGUGUCUUGGAAACCAUUUGGAUCAUGUUGAUCUAUUUUUAAAUUUGUUGUAACAUCUCA